CAGAUGGCAGAGAGCAAGCGGAGGUUGCAGUCCCUGCUGGAGCAGGGGGACGAGGCCGUGACCAAGGUUCGGGUGGAGGGGGAUGACAGCGAGAACAAUAGGAGGACCAACGAGGAGGCUCGUCGCCUGGACCGCAGGCAAAAGCUCCUCUUCGAGGCUGAGAGCAGCGCCAGGCGCAAUGCUGCGAUCGCGAUGAAGUGGGCGGCGCUGUUCGAGAAGGAGGUGCCGCUGGAGCUGCUGCAUGAGAUGGAGGCGCAGCGGGAGGCGUGCAUGAAGGUGAUCAGUCAGAAGGACGAGCUGAUCAAGGAGUUUCAAGGCAUCCUCAAGUCCAAGGACGAGGAGUACGUGAAGAGCCUGAAGCGAUGGUCCGAGGACAUCGACCUCUUGCUUGCUUCGAUGACGGAGCAGUUCCAGCAGCAGCAGCAGCAGUACGAGCAGGAGACGGAGGAGAUCGAGGCGGUGUUUCGGCAGGAGCGCAAGGAGCUGAUCGAAUCGAACAAGAAGGAGAUGGAGGCGUUGAUGGAGAAGAGGCGGAACAUGGAGCAAGCGCACAUGGAGGAGAGGCAGCGGAGGAUAGAGGCCAACCAGGAGCAGCUGCAGCGGAACAGACUGAAGGACAACGAGGCCUACACCGAGAAGAAGAUCACUCUAGAGUCGGAGAUCCAGAAGCUCGAGCAGCAGCUGGAGGUGAUGAGGGCGACGUACCAGCUGAACACGGAGAAGCUUGAGUACAACUUCCGUGUGCUGUCGGAAAGGGACGUGGAGAAUACCAACACCAUCAAUCAGCAGAAGAGGAAGCUCGCAAGGCUGCAGGACAACCUGAGUAGCCUCAUGUCAAAGUACAACAAGACAGACAAGCAGUACAACCAAGAGAACAUCAACCUGACCGAGGAGUAUCGGAGGAUCACCGAGCAGUUCCAGGACCUGCAGAUGAAGUACCAGCACUUCCAGCUCGCCGACGCCAAGAAGUUUGACGAGAUCUGGGGCAUGAAGGAAGGGGAGGUGAAGGAGCUGCUGGGGCAGGUGCUGCAGGCGGACAAGAUCAUCCACGAGCAGCAGCUGGGGCUCUACUGGUACCCUCCUGACGAGGACGCUCGACGAGGGGGGUUCCUGGUGGAGGCGAAGAUCAAGGGAGUGGUGGAGGAGAUCGCGAGAGGGGAGGGGGAGAGGCUCAAGAUCGAGAGCAUCCUCAAGGCCUUGGGCAUCUCCAGCCAGCAGGACGUAGAGCGGCUGCAGCGCUUCUUCUACUCGGAGGAUGAACAGGGGGAGUCGGAGCUGAUCUCGCAGGACCAGGCCUGUCUCGCAAUCAAGCAAUUCCUCAAGGAGCAGAUGGCGCAGAGCACCGUCCUGACAACAACCUUCCACUCGACGCACGACGAGGGAGAGGAGAGGAAGUCGACGAGCCGCAACAUAUGGGAGCUGUGCACGUCCAUCCUGUCCCCCAAGACCUUCCGGGUGUGGACUGCGCUCGAGAAGUUUAUGAUCAAGUACAACGAUAUCCUAACAGAGAGGUCUACACUACUAGACGAGACUCGAUCGCUGCAGACGCAGAACGAGGAGCUCAAGCUCUUGCUGAACCAGUACCUUGGCUCGAAGAUCAACCAGGAGCUUUACGUUCCUCCCACCGCCACCAUCAGCAGAAUCGGCGAGACUGCAUAGAGAGAAGCUGUCCGAUCAUAAGGAGUGACAGAGCAAACGAGUGCGACAAGAAGGAUCACAGCCUGUACAUCUUUACAAUAAUCAAACAACAAUCACUUGUC